GCAACACUCAAAACUCCCAAGCACUUUAAAGUGAAAUUUUGCGAAGCACACGAUCCCAUGAUGAUGGAAGAAGAGACAACCAUGAUGGCGGCACUAUCCACCCUCCGCCCUUCUCAACUCGCAGAUCUCAGCUGCUCCAUCCUCUCCCUCUCUUUUCACCACCGACGCCGCCUUUGCUUCCUCCUAUCCUCCCCUUGUCUUUUCUCUGUUACCCUCCAUCACCUCCACUCUCUCUCCCUCCCACACAAAACACUUCUUAUUGCCCGCCACCUCCUCUUUUCUCUCCACCACCUCACUCUCCACUUUCAGCCUCCGCCACUGCUGCCACUACACCCUUCCGUUGCCAUGAAGAACCGUGACCUUGACGCUGUGCUCCUCCUCCUCUUUCUUUGUGAAACACACCAACAUAACCCAGAUGUCCUCGAGAGGCCUCAUUCUGAAUGGCGCAAAGUUUUAAGUAACCUAUGCUCCGAUACGAUGUUAAAGAUCACCAGUAUUACUGGCAUCUUUGAUGGUGCCGCUUUGAUUCCAUAUAUUGAAAUGGUAACGAGGUGUAGAAGGUUUGUUGGAAUAAUGGGUUGUGGUGCGAAGGAAGGGAAGGACGUGGCGGCAUCACCUGCAGCGGUGGUGGCUCUGCCAGCAGUGGAGGUGAAAGGGGGUGGAGUUGAGUGUGUGAUAUGCAAGGAGGAGAUGAAAGAAGGAAGAGACGUCUGCCAGUUGCCAUGUCAGCACUUGUUUCACUGGAUGUGCAUAUUGCGUUGGUUGAAGAAGAGGAAUACGUGCCCCUGCUGCAGGUUUCAGCUUCCCUGUGACGAUAUAUUCGGUGAGAUCCAACGGCUGUGGGGAGUCCUGGUCAAGACGAGUGGCAAAAGUCCUGAUGCAGAAUGGACAUGAUUGAAUAAUGAUGACACAUGGGAGAAUCUGGAUAUGGUGGACAUGGAAGACAUUAGAUUUUGUUGGGAGAUUUUGUCAGUGAAUGGUUGAGAUGAAUUGGAUGAGGAUGAUCACUUGUUUUCAUGAUAAAGACACAUGUGGUUAGGUUCAGAUAAGAGUCUCUUACAGAUUUUAAUUCUGUUAUUAUCUUUCAUUAUCAAAAUUUAUUCUUCUUCUUUUUUAUGUAUGCAGCAGAAUAAACGUUGGAAUUUUGCUGAAAUUUAGAAGAAAGCAAGCCCUUAGUAUUCAUAUUUACAUUAAGAGAUUGAUUGCGAAAGUGAAUAGAUUCUAAUAUCUUUGAUAAUCAAAUUUAUUGUUAGUCAAAUUGCAUUUCUGUUGUUCUAUGUUUAGCAGCAAAUUACAAACAUUGGUUUUUGCAGAACAUUUAAGAGAAAGGAAGCCAUUUGUAUGCUU